CAAAUUUCAGCAGUGUUUUAUUCUGAUUAAUGAUACUUUUGCAUUAAGUUUCUAUGUAAUUUAUGGGGUAAUGUUGUUGUUUUAUAUCUGGUAAUUUAAUUAAAUUAGUGAAAUUGCUUAAUGAAUCCCCUUUGUUGUUUCAAAGGAUGGAUGGUGAACAUUGAACAAACUGCACAACUAUACAAAUUUAGUGAAGCUUCUGAAAAGGCUGACAGCGAAACCUGAUUUUAAGCAUUGGGAUAUAUCAUGAAGAUAUUGGCUACACUUUUCAAGGAGAGGGACUGCAUGAGAGAGAUCAGUUACACUGUUGUUUGACAAUUUUUUCUCUCACGCCAUGGAUUUGAAGUUGUGAUUAUUCUUGGUACUUUAAAUUACUACUUUAGUCACAAGUUGCCUUCAUAGGCUUCAUUAUGCCAAGCCACAUCAUAUUGGCCUGCAAACAGCUGUGUUCAGAAAAUGCACCUUGUGCUUGAGUACUCGCCAAAAUCCAACAGCCACACCUUGUGGUCAUAUUUUCUGCUAGAGCUGCAUCAUGAAUGGUGCAAAUGCAAUGAAAAGCCUGAAUGCCCUCUGUGCCGUGCUCCCAUAACUCAUUCGAGUCUAGUUUGUCUAAGCCUGGCGAAAGGAAGAGAGCUGGUGGCCUAAUUGACUAAAAAAAUAGUUUAGUGGCUUAAAUUGUCGAUUUGAGUAAAAUUGAAGGGCUAAACAUAGGGUUUAUUAACCCCACUAUAAAUCCGUUUACUAUAGAGCUAGGGUUUCGUUUCGCGGACAAAAAGCUAGCUAGCGGUGUUGCUGCUGAGUGUUGGAUUCUCGUUGGUCUCUGUAUUCCUCCUGAACAAACAUGGCUACCCAGAUUAGCAAGAAGCGCAAGUUUGUUGCUGAUGGAGUUUUCUAUGCGGAGCUGAAUGAGGUUUUGACCAGGGAACUUGCUGAGGAUGGAUACUCUGGUGUUGAAGUUAGGGUUACUCCAAUGCGUACUGAGAUCAUUAUUAGAGCCACUCGUACCCAAAAUGUUCUUGGUGAGAAAGGUAGAAGGAUUAGAGAGCUUACUUCUGUUGUUCAGAAAAGAUUCAAGUUCCCACAGGACAGUGUAGAGCUCUAUGCUGAAAAAGUUAACAACAGGGGUCUUUGUGCUAUUGCUCAGGCAGAAUCCCUGCGCUACAAGCUCCUUGGAGGACUUGCUGUUAGGAGGGCUUGCUAUGGUGUCCUGAGAUUUAUCAUGGAGAGUGGGGCAAAGGGAUGUGAGGUAAUUGUGAGUGGGAAGCUCCGUGCUCAGCGUGCCAAAUCAAUGAAGUUCAAGGAUGGUUACAUGAUAUCAUCUGGUCAACCUUGCAAAGAGUAUAUUGACUCAGCUAUUAGGCAUGUUCUUCUUAGGCAGGGUGUGCUUGGUAUCAAGGUUAGAAUCAUGCUUGAUUGGGAUCCGAAGGGCAAGCAGGGCCCAGCUACACCAUUGCCUGACCUUGUUACGAUCCAUCCUCCUAAGGACGAAGAAGAGUAUUAUCCACCCGUGAUGACAACCAAUAUUGAGAUUCCAGUUGCUUAAGUUAAGAUCUGUUCAGGGGUUGUCCAAAUAAACAAGAUGUGGUAGUUAUUAUCUAAUGUUUCACGUUUUUGAUAUCUAUAACUGGACAAAUAUGAAUAGAUUUUCAGCAUAUUUUUUAUUUCACCAACAUCUUAAAGUUUUCUGUUGUUUAAUCUUAUAUUAGGAGUGGGCGUUGUUUUGUUAAAAAUUAAAAUCUCAGGCACUGC